AUGGUGGUCAUACAGGGGCAUUCGUUGCGCAAGAAGAAUCGACGAGUUUCAGGAACGACAGUGACAGCUACGCAGGAUUCGCACCCAAUGCAAACGCGGUCUCAGUCGCCUUUGGCCACAUCCGAGCCCGAAGAAGCGGAAGCGCAGAACCCACCCGCAUCCAUUGAAACCCGCGACGUUGAGCAGGAAGACGAGGGUGAGACUGAGAAGCAACCGGCGGAAGAAGCGAAGGAACCUCCGAAGCGCUCACCACCCGGGAAGGGCAAGGCGAAAGCAAAAGUGCAGUACGACAGCAACGAUGACAGCACGGACAGCGAGAACGGGCAUCGGCACCGCUACGUACCGCGCAAGAGAUCGCCACAGUUGCAGCAGUAUACGGACAGCCAAUCCGGUGGAUCGCACGGACGGAAGUCGACGGCGUCCUUGGGGUCUUUGGCACUAGGUACCGAUACAGCAGCACCAGCGACGAGAACUGAGAUGGCAGCAUUGGCUACGACAAUACAGCAGUUGGCUGCCAUCGUUACCACAAUGCAAAAGGAGCAGCAACGGAGCCGAGAAGCCACCGAAGUGACGGAAAGACGACGGGGGCGAACAUCGAAGAUGGGGUGCGUGAUCCGGGACUUCGGCAACAACGACGAAGCCGAGCUCCACCAACACCUACUGGCGCGUUUAUUGACGACGCGCUGUCUAAUGAGGAAGCUGAUGGCCGGAGGCGUGAACGCGGAGUGCAACGACGAGUGA